CCUGUGGGCUGUGUUCAUCUCCCAAAUCCAGCCAAAACCCCUCCCCCCCUCCUCUCGGUUCGGCGAUCGGCGGCGGCGGCGGCGAUGAGCGCGGUGAACCUGACGAACGUGGCGGUGCUGAACAACCCUACCUCUUUCGUCAACCCCUUCCAGUUCGAGAUCUCGUACGAGUGCCUCGUUGCCCUCGAGGAUGAUCUGGAGUGGAAGCUUAUAUAUGUUGGAUCAGCUGAAGAUGAGAACUAUGAUCAACAACUUGAGAGCGUGCUUGUUGGCCCUGUGAAUGUUGGGACAUACCGUUUUGUUCUGCAGGCUGAUCCCCCUGAUCCCUCAAAGAUCCGUGAGGAGGACAUAAUCGGUGUUACGGUGCUUUUGUUGACCUGUUCAUACAUGGGGCAGGAGUUCAUCAGAGUAGGUUACUACGUGAACAAUGAUUAUGAUGAUGAGCAGCUUAGAGAAGAACCCCCAGCGAAGCUGCUGAUUGACCGGGUGCAGAGAAAUAUUUUGACCGACAAACCCCGAGUCACCAAGUUCCCCAUCAACUUCCAUCCUGAAACCAGUGGAGGACAGCAGCAAGAUCAACCACAAUCAGCUGUACCUGAAAACCAUACAGGCGAAGGGAGCAAGGCCAACACAGAUCUUUGACUGGGUCUGGAAACUUGGGAGUGCCAAAAUUUUGAUCUGCAUGCCUUCGUAGGUGAGAUCACAAAUUCACAAUAUGAGAUGGCUUCCUGGGAUCCGGAUGCUGCUACCUGAACCGUCUGUUCUGGGGCACCACUAAACUAGACUACCUUAACCGAAAACUCACAUUGGUUGGUUACACAUGUGCCUCUAGUGGGUAGGUUCUGACACACUGCUGAAAUGCCGCGUCCUUUUGCUAGUGAUGAACUAUAAGCUGGAUGUUCAUCCAGUGAUCCGGUCCAACCGUAGCUGUCUUGUCUCUUGGAUUAUGUCUGCAAUCGCAAGAGUUUGUUGGAUAA